AUGGCGACAUUGCUGCGCCUGAAGGCCGCCAUUCUCCCGUCGCCUGUAGCGUCAACGGCGGUAUCCGGAGUCGCAUCCCACCCGCGCAGCGCGCUCCUCGGUACCUCGCAUCCGCUUGUGCUGUCGCGAGCAACCUCGUCCGUCGCAUUCAGUCGCACGACUUUCGCCGCUGGUCGAGCGACUUUGCCUGCGACCACGCUUUUCUCCGGCACGAGAAAACCGCUGUCUGGUUCGGUUCCCACCCUACGACGUAGGGCAGUUAGCCGAGCCUCGUCCGCAGCUUCGGGGACGACAGGCUCCGGGGCCAAUGUAGCGGCGAGUGCGACGGCGUCUACGGUUUCCGAGCCCGCGACGGAGGUCCGGGAUGCAGGCUCGGCGCCGCAGAGCGCGUCGAACCUGGGAGGGUUCGAGUUUCCGGUGAUUAAGGAGGCGAAGCGGGUGGUGCUGGUGCGACACGGGGAGAGCACGUGGAACGCGACGGGCAGAAUUCAGGGCAGCUCGGACUUUUCCGUGCUGACCGCGAAGGGCGAGAGCCAAGCGGAGACGAGCCGGCAGAUGCUCGCGGCAGACUCGUUCGAUGUGUGCUUCCAUAGCCCGUUGCAGCGGUCCGCGCGGACAGCGGAGGUUAUUUGGGCGGCACGCACGGCACCCAUGAUCCCGCUGCACGAUCUGAGGGAGAUUGAUUUGUACUCGUUUCAGGGAUUGUUCAAGGAAGAGGGGAAAGCACGGUUUGGCGAGAACUACCGCAUGUGGCAGAAAGACGCGGCGAACUUUGAGAUUGACGGGCACUACCCCGUGAGGGAGCUGUGGGCGCGGGCAGCGGCGUGCUGGCAGGAGAUCCUGAGGAGCGAGGGGCGGUCCAAGCUGGUGGUGGCACACAAUGCCGUCAACCAGGCCCUCGUGGCCACUGCCACAGGAAAUCCGAGGAGCGAGGGGCGGUCCGUGGUGGUGGUGGUGCACAAUGCUGUUAAACAGGCUCUGGUGGCCACUGCCACAGGCCUGGGUCCGGAGUAUUUCCGGCUCUUGCUGCAGAGCAACUGCGGCGUCAGCGUGCUGGACUUUGUCCCCCACUACAAGCCGCACGCCCACACUCACACUCCUGACGAAGCCGUCCCUCCGUACAAGGCGCACGACUACAGUCACACUCACAGUGACGUGCCUGUGGAUGCUUCUGCUGCUGCCGCUGGUGUGGCAGACGGGGGCGUGGAGGGAGAGGAGUAUUUGCUGCCCUAUGUGUGCCUGAACCGGCUCAACCAGGUGUGUGUGGCAGCAGAAGAAGGGUGUGUGUGGCAGCAGAAGAAGGGUGAGAAGCAGGACUCGAGCCACCAGGUGAGUGAGAGCCAGCAGGCUUACACUCCUUCUGACGAAACCGUCCCUCCAUACAAGGCACACGACUACAGUCACACUCACAGCGACACCAGUGCCGCAAUGGUGGAUGCUGCUUUUGCUGCUUCUGCUGCUGCUGGAGCACAAGCAGGCGUGGAGGGAGAGGGAUAUAUGCUGCCCUAUACCCCUGCACCACCCGUGAUGACCGGAGGCGCUUCAGGCGGAAGAAAAGCCGAGGCUCGAGUGAUUCUGGUGUGCCACAGGGACACCAGCAGCUCAGCGCAGCGCCGCUUCCCCCAGUCCCCGUAUGAGCAGCUGAGCAUGCUGGGACCCACAGGCACUCCUCACUCACCGCAGGCGCGCAAGACAGCCGAGCUGCUGCUGGACGUGCGAGUUGACACGGUCUUCUGCUCACUCCUUCCCCACCUCCCCUUACUCCCUUACUGUCCUCCCUACCCCUCUGCGCCCGUCCAGACCCCCGCUCCGCCUGUGAUGACCGGAGGCGCUUCAGGCGGGAGAAAGGCCAAGGCUCGAGUGAUCCUGGUGUGCCACGGCGACACCAGCAGCUCUGCCCAGCGCCGCUUCCCCCAGUCCCCGUUUGAGCAGCUGAGCAUGCUAGGGGUGGUGCAGGCGCGCAAGACAGCCGAGCUUCUUCUCGACACCCCCGCGCCUCCCGUAAUGACAGGAGGGGCGUCAGGAGGGAGGAAGGCCAAAGCUCGUGUAAUCCUGGUGCGCCACGGCGACACCAGCAGCUCUGCCCAGCGCCGCUUCCCCCAGUCCCCAUUUGAGCAGCUGAGCAUGCUAGGGGUGGUGCAGGCGCGCAAGACAGCCGAGCUUCUUCUCGACGUGCGAGUCGACACGGUCUUCUGCUCGCCGCUGCCCCGCGCUGUGCGCACAGCCGAGGCAGUGGUGGAGGUGCAGGAGGCAGCGGAGUGCCUGGGCGCCGACUGUGUGCCGCGGUUUGUGGACAUAGUCCCAGUGGAGGAGCUCAGGGAGUUGGAGUACGGCACAUGGCAGGGAGCAAUGAUGGCAGAGGUAUCAGCACACGAGCGCUGGGAGGAUCAAAUCAAGUCUUCUCCCCCGCCCAACGGAGAAUCUCUGCCGUCCCUGUGGGGCCGCGCUGAGAAGGCAUGGACUGUCAUUCGCCGCCACCUGGCAGAAGUGGAACGCGCCACCUCAGCAAGCGCAGGUGCUGACAUGGCAGCAGCUAAAGGAGCAGGACCAGGAAGUCCCCCUACUGAGCGAUCUGAAACUGUUAUUGUGGUGGGCCAUGAAACAGUGUUUCAAGCAAUGCUUGCUUCCUGCCUGAAGCUUCCUCAUGAUGCUCUGGGAAGCUUCCGCCUCGACCCUGGGAGCAUCACUGUCGUCGAUUUCCCCGAUGGCGUUGGUGAGCCCAAGGAUAGUAGCGAGUCUGACAAUAAGGGGUACAGUGCAGCAGGAGCAGCAGCAGCAGGGCAGGGAAUUGCAGCAGGAGUGGUGGGGCAGGGUGUAUUAACUACACUGCUCACUUGGGAAGAUGGGCCGUGCCCGUCACCCUGCCUACGUCCAAUGACGAGGACUUCUGAUCUAAUUAUAUAA